AUGGAGACUAAGAAAACGACGCGCCAAAUAGAGGACGAGGUUACUGUUUCCCUUCAGUCCUACUCAAAAGGUCAUAUUGAUGUCUUCAUUAAAUGGGUGGAGCAAAUAGGAUUCAGGUUUACAGGAAACGAAUAUUCGAAAGCAUUCUUGGGAGCUAUUGCGCAGAUGCGUGAGUUUGGCGAGGCUCUUGAUGAUUAUGGCUUAAUGGUGAUCAAUUAUACGGGGUACAAGUUUACAUGGACAAAUAGAUGGCAAUGUGAAGGGAAUGUAAAGCUCUGGUUAGAUAGGGUGGUGGCUAAUGAUGAGAUGUUGUUGGCCUUUCCAGAUAUGCGUACUCAUCAUAUUAAUUCCUUUGUGUCUAACCAUUUACCUACUUUACUUAUCUUCGGAGUGAGUAAUACAGGAAAGAGACAUCAUCAUUUUAUGUUUGAAGAGAUGUGGAUUACUAUUGAUGGUUGUCAGGAAACAAUAACCCAGGCUUGGGGAAGUGAGGGUGGCACAGUGGUUGACAAGAUUAUGCAAAUUCGAGGUGUGCAAGAUAAGUUAAACGCCAUACAUGGUCGUGAAUUGACCCCACAUGCCGCCCAAUAUCAACGUCAGUUGACUAAUGAGCUGGAUGUUUUGCUAGAGCAAGAGGAAACUUUGUUGCGGCAACGGUCUCGUAGCGUGGUUAAAAUUUGA